AUGGCCGGUACCGUUGUUGCCAACUCGGAGCUUGCUGCUCCUCACCAGGAGCUCAAGCUGCUUUCUCCCCUCGCAGAGAUGUCGACUCUGCCCAGUGGCUUUCCUGCCGUGCUGGCCUCGCCUAUGGCAUGGACUGGUCAGCAGUUUGAACAGCAGCCUGACUUCAUUCACCACCUGGAUGCCGAGGAGCUUGGAGAGAUUGACGCUGCUCUCAAGCACUUCAAAGCUCUCGAACUCGACGGCGACCUCGUCACUCCUGACAACUUCCCGCUUCCCACUGUUGGUCCCAACGUGCUCAAGGGCAUGCGCCAGGACAUUUACCAAGGUAAAGGGUUUGCUGUUCUCCGAGGACUCGACCCCAAGCAGUUCUCCGUAGAGGACAUGACCACCAUAUACCUGGGGGUCCAGGCUCACAUUGCCAAUCGCCUCGGUCGUCAGGACAAGAAGGGCAACAUGCUGGUUCACAUCAUUGCCGACAACUCUUCCAAGGAAAAGGCCGAGCACCAUCGCCACUCCACUUCUCCCAUCACGUUUCACAACGAGGAAGCUGGAGACAUCAUCAGCUGGCUCACGAGAAACGCGGCCCAGUCCGGUGGCAAGUGCAUCAUCGCCUCGACCUACACAGUUUACAACGUGCUCGCUGCUACUCGACCCGACCUCAUCCGCACCCUGGCUCGAUCUGACUGGCCUUUUGCUCUGCCCAAGUUCCAAUGCCGACCUGUCUUCUUCUACCAAGAUGGCCGUCUCAUUACCAACUUUGGCAGGGCUGCCCUGAUGGGAAGCGCGAGCCACGCUCGACCAGCCCAUUUGCCCGCGCUCACUGCUAGCCAGGUUGAGGCCUUGGAUGCCAUCCAGGACAUUGCCGAGGCGACCAAGUUCGAGUUCACCACCCAGCCAGGUGACAUGCACUUCAUCAACAACCUGGCGAUCCUCCAUCGCCGUGCUGGAUUUGUCAACGGCUCGGAGCCCAGCCAGCGCAGACACCUUGUGCGCAUGAGACUCCGCGACGACGAGAUGGGAUGGAGCAUCCCCCUCGAUCUGCAGAGCGAGUGGGACAAGGCUUUUGGUCAGGCGGGAACCCGUGUGUGGCAUCUCGAGCCCAUGCCCUCUGGCUACUUUCCUCUGCGAUCCCAGCCCAACUAG